AUGGAGAAGGUCUGGAGAGUGGGCACCACAGUCCCAGAGACGAUUCAUGAUCAUGUGCAUAAAUGCGUCGCUCAGACGGUGUUGAAGCAACCUCAAAGUCCGGCAGUAUGUGCUUGGGAUGGAGAACUCUCGUACGCCGAAUUGGAUCGGUUAGCUAGGAAGCUAGCCGGUCAAUUGGUCGUCCUCGGCGUUCAGCCAGGGGAAAUUGUUCCUCUGUUGUUUGAAAAGUCUCUUUGGACUGCCGUGGCUGUUUUGGGCGUCGUGAAGGCUGGUGCUGGAUUCGUUAUACUGGACCGAUUUCUUCCCGAAUCUCGCCUUCAAAGUAUUGUGAAACUGUCGGAGCCAAAGUACAUCUUGACCUCAGUUUCGAAUCGAGACCAAGCAGAGCGACUGUCUCCAGGCGCUCCUGUUGUGGUCGGGCCAUCACUAGGAGCUGACGACGAUGGUCCGUUUCUACCAAACGACCAUCCAGCGCCACACCCAUCCUCUAUUGUCUAUGUCGUCUUCACAUCAGGCAGCACUGGUAAUCCAAAAGGAUGUAUGGUCUCCCACGAAAACUUGUGCUCUGCACUUCACCACCAGAUCCCCUGUCUGGGGUACACGCCAGAAUCAAGGGUCUUCGAUUUUGCUUCCUACAGUUUCGAUAUCACCAUUCACAAUAUGUUCGCAACUUGGUGGACUGGAGGCUGCGUGUGUAUACCCAGCGACGUUGAUCGAACUGAGAAUCUGGCCAAGACUAUGACCCGUAUGCAGGCGUCGCUGGUACAUUUGACACCAACAGUGGCACGGCUAUUGGAUCCAGAGUCUGUCCUCACGCUAGAUACAUUGAUCUUGUUGGGCGAAAUGAUUACAGAUCAUGAUAUAAAGCCUUGGUGGGGACGGGUUAAGCGGUUGAUAAAUGCUUAUGGUCCAACUGAGUGUACGUCAUACAGCGCGCUCAACUACCAGGCGUCCAGUCCCACUAUGCUGGCUAGUAUUGGAAUCGGGAAGGGCUCAGUCGUAUGGGUCGUUGAUUCGGAGGAUCAUCACAUUUUGCUCCCAUGGGGCCAACCUGGGGAGCUCCUAAUUGAGGGCCCUAUCGUUGGGCUGGGAUACCUGAACGACCCAGAGAAGACUGAAGCCACAUUCAUAGAAGACCCAAGAUGGCUGAUUGAAGGGGGCUGUGGUGUUCCAGGAAGACAUGGUCGACUGUAUAAGACGGGCGAUCUUGGAAUGUACUCUGAAGACGGCAGUAUUGUCAUCCUGGGACGCAAGGAUACCCAAGUCAAAAUCCGUGGUAACAGGAUUGAGCUAGGCGAGGUUGAAUGCGAAGUGCAAGACUGUAUGCCGGAAGUCUCACGAGUGGUGGCUGAAGCAAUACGGCCCCAACAAUCAAAAAGCCACAUUCUGGCUGUGUUUCUAUGCAUGCCAGGUUCUACUUCUGGGCCUGACGCUGAGAUGAUCAAUGUCAGCAAAGAAACUGUUGCGCGUUUAGCACAAAAAGUGCCGAUGUACAUGCUUCCCUCGCUGUUCUUCAGUAUGGCAGAGCUACCUUUGACAUUGACCGGAAAGCUCGACCGCAGGCGUCUCCGUGAGAUUGGAAGCUCUUGGUCGAUGGAAAAGGUUGUAUUAGCUGCCUCCAGUGAUAAAAGACCACCCCGAACACGUGAGGAGGAUGAACUUCGGAGCCUCUGGGCACAUAUUUUCAACAUUGAUCAGUGUUUGAUCGGUAUUGACGACGACUUCUUCCAUCUUGGCGGCGAUUCCAUGUCCGCUCUGCAGCUUGUCGGGGCAGCCCGAAAGGUUGGGUCGCUCUUGACAUUGGCAAGUAUAUUCCAAAACCCCAUUCUUUCAGCGAUGUCCAAAGCUGCUACCCGAGCCCUCUCAAUUGAUAUUCCCCUUACGCAUAAUUCCCUGGGUCUUACUUUCAUUGAUGAAGACAUGAGAGAUGAUCUAACCGCCCACAUUGCAACAUCCAUUGGCCUCAAGGACUCCGAUGUGGCAGAGGUUUUACCUCUGACUGACAUGCAAGAGUACUAUAUCCGUGACGGCAUGACUGAGAAUCGCCAAUUCGUCGACUACUAUUAUCUGGACCUUGGCCCAGACGUAGACAUCCCUCGGUUGAAAAGCAGCUGUCGGCAGAUCAUGGAAUUGUUCCCCAUCAUCACGGCGACCUUUGUCCUUUACCAGGGUCAGCACUUUGCAGUCACCCCUAAAAUCUUACAAUUGCCCUUCGGAAUCAUUGAUGUCACGCAAGAUCUGCCAGAUGCGACAGCAACUCUCUGCUUAGAGGAUAUCAGCAUCUUUGAACGGUACCAAACAAUUGUUCGCUUUACCCUCGUCCGCCAUCAAAGCCAGGGCAUGCGCUUGAUACUGCGCCUCUCCCACGCACAGUACGAUGCGGUGUCUAUCGGACUGAUAUUCAAAGCAAUGGGUGAAUUCUACCGCAGCAGUACACCCGCUAAACGACCCACCUUCUCUCACUAUAUAGCCCACAUUUCUCAGCGCCGGCCGAGUUCAAUUUCCUACUUUAAACGAGUUCUUGGUGAUGUUUGCUUCACAGAAAUGAGCACUCAAUUCUUGCCAAUGAAUCCUCCAACUACAGCUGUGCCUUACCGUCUCCAAAACGAGAUCCUCACCCCCAGAACACACCCAGGCAUUACCCUUGCCUCAGUGAUGAGUGCCGCAUGGGCAAUUUUCCUCUCAAAGCUGCUGAACUGCAACGAUAUCGUGUUCGGACGUCUCAUCAAUGGUCGCAACGCGCCUCUGCCAGGAAUCGAAGAACUCGUUGGAUGUUGUAUUAACGUGUCCCCCGCUCGGGUCUCUCUCAAAUCGCCGAAGAUGACAGUCAAGGACCUCAUUCAAGAUGUGCAAAAUCAAUUUGCAGCACUUGGUGAUGCCGACGCGCUUGGAUUUGAAGAAGCUGUUCGCGAGUGUACGACAUGGCCGGCUGGUAAGGGAAUCUAUACUGCUACAAUGCACCAAAAUGUCGAAGAAGAUCUUCCCUUUGAGUUUGAAGAUGGCUUUACAGGGCACUUGCGCCGUUUUGAAAAUGAUCGGCGUUUGCCAUUCUUCCUGUAUAUGAUUUCCUAUCCUCGGGGCGACAAAAUGGGAGUGGAGAUAUUCUCACACACGCGAAUGGUAUGCGAAGAAAAAGCAAGACUUUUGCUAGAUCGCUUCUGUCCGGUGGUGGAACAGGUAGCUGAGGCGUUGCGAGAAGGGAUGUGUAUUGAAGAUAUCGAGAUAGAGUGCAAUUGGUGA